AAUUGCUUACAACUCACGGUCGCGGGUCGCGUUGCAUAAGCUGCCGGUCGAGUUCGUUUCCCCGCUGAAGCUGCUUUCCAACCCUGAAGACUAAGAAAUGGCCUACGGCGCAGAAUCAAGAUGGUCGACAGCCGCCAUGAGCAUCAUACUGGCGUUUAUCUCCGCCUCCGCCAUCGUAUCUCUUUAUCUCGUGACCAGGAAGUCGAGAGAGUUGGGUUCCAAGGUUCGAGAGCUCGAGGCUUCUCUGGCGGCGUCUUUAAAGAAAACCACCGCCGAGAGACAAGGCCGAAUACGGGCUCAGCAGGCUUUAAGGAAAGCACUUGCGGACCCAAAAUCUGAUAAUGUGGAGUGUACUUCAUAUCCCAUGACACCAAUUGGUGUUAUCCAGUCAGCCUUCUCUACUAGGAAUGGAACUCCAAGGCAAUCUUUAGUCGUACCUCUUGCUAGGGCACGAUUGGUGUUUUCUGCUCGUAUUCCUCCAGCUUCAAUUGAAGGUCUCGGAGAAUAUUCCCAUUGCUGGAUUAUAUAUGUCUUUCAUUUAAACACCGAUCUAGAUAAGUUGUGGAAGAAUCCAUCUAAAUCAAGAUUCAAGGCAAAAGUUAGAGUACCAAGGUUGAAAGGCAAAAGGGUAGGAGUCUUUGCUACUAGAUCUCCACAUAGACCAUGCCCGAUUGGACUCACUAUUGCAAAGGUGGAGGCUAUCCAGGGGCAUCAAAUUCUACUCUCUGGUGCUGAUCUUGUUGAUGGAACUCCAGUACUUGAUGUUAAACCUUAUCUACCAUACUGUGAUAGUGUACAAGAUGCAACAGUCCCAGAGUGGCUAAUGGGGGACAAUUUGUUGAGUGUUGCAUCAAUUUGCUUCUCUGAAGAAUUUACUUCCACUCUAUCUGAUUGUUGGCCACUGAUGGAAAAGAAAUCGCAUUAUGCAUCUGCAGACGAGUUUAAAAACUUUGUGAAGCAGGUGCUUUCAUGGGAUAUUCGAUCACUAUCCCAACGAACUCGACCUCAUGAAUCCCACAUUGAGACAACAACAGGACAUGAAUUGUCCGAUGGAAGUUCAGAUUUAGAUACUCACCUAUAUGACAAAGCUUCUGGCGGUACCCAAAUUUCUUCUAAGAACAUCAUCUAUCACCUACUUGUAGAUGGAUUAAAUGUGUCAUACACGAUAGGUUGCCACGGUGACGUUGUUGUGGUUAAAGCAGAACUCGCAUCACCCAGCUCAAGAACAAGAAGUAAUUAACGCAAUGCAAGCUCUUUUCAGUAAAUCGAGGUAACUUGUCUUCCUGGCCUUGGAUUAAUUCUAAAACAAUUCCCAAUGUGGGGGCUUUUCUUUACUUUAAAUUAUACUACCUUGUAUGGAGCUAGAUCUCUUUACAUUUCUUACUCAUUCUUGAGAGUGGAAUGCUGGAUAUGGAUAUGGUCUUAAUUAUGAGUUGUUGUUAGGUGGUUGUUGAAAUAGUUUUGGCUGAAAAUGAGUGGCUAGUUUUGAUUUUGAUGAGGGAUCGUUUGACUUUUGUGUAACAAUCUUGAAAGAAGAAAAGGAAGUUAUAUUUUAGAUCUUUA